AUGAAUAAUCAGCAGUCACCUAAAGAAAAGGCAGAGGCCUUGAUCGGCGCUCUAGAAAAGUAUGGUCAAGGUGACUACAUCGGGGAGUCGAUUAGCCAGUUAGAACACUGUCUGCAGGCGGCUCAUCAGGCCCAUAAAGCGGAUGCCCGUGAUGAGUUGGUAAUUGCGGCUUUAUUGCAUGACAUUGGUCAGAUCAUUCCAUUGGAAUCCACCAAGGAGGCACGCAUGAAUCUUCGCGAAAGUACGGAAAAUGUCGGCCGGGUCGGCCAUGAAGCCAUCGGGGCAUCAUAUCUUCAUUCUCUGGGGUUCAGCGAGGCAGUGUGUCGCUUGGUGAAUAGUCAUGUCGCUGCGAAGCGGUACCUUACUGCUAUUGACCAAAGAUACUACAAAUCUCUAUCAUCUGCCUCGCAGAAAUCGCUGGCAUUUCAAGGCGGCCCCUUUCGAGAUGCGGAGCUCAAAAACUUCGAGGAAGAUCCACUUCGAGACGACAUGGUUUCACUUCGACUGUGGGAUGAUGCUGCCAAGUUGGAGGGUGUUGAGGCAAUCACACCUCGUGCUGGGGUGUAUCUGGACAUGAUCAUCGCGCAUUUGCAACUUAAAACCUGA